AUGUGCGGGAUCCUCUUCUCAAUCGCCCCCACGACUUAUUCUCCCCCACAUUCCACUUCUACUUCCCUCCCAGACCUAAUCUCCCGCCGGGGUCCUGACAUCACCAACACUCAUGUAACCACUUUCGCAAAUUACACCCUAACCUUUACAUCCUCCGUCCUCUCUCUCCGCGGAAAGCUCACCCCGCAACCUCUUAUUGACCCGGUAAGCGGCUCGGUGUUGUGCUGGAACGGCGAGGCAUGGCGGAUAAAUUCCGCUUUGGCACCUGCGGGGGUCAAUGAUGGGGAGGAGGUACUUAAGCUACUGCUCUCGGCGGAGGCCCCGGAGAAGGGCUUUGCGGGGAUUGCGGGGCCUUGGGCAUGCGUGUUUUUCGAUGCCGUCAGGGGCAGGGUCUGGUUUGGGAGGGAUUGUCUGGGGCGGCGAAGUUUGCUUGAGUUGCGGAAGGGGAGGUGGAAGGACGGAGUUACAAUUGCUAGUGUUGGGGAUGGGCAUGAGGGGUGGAAGGAGGUGGAGGCCGAGGGGUUGAGGUAUUUCGGUUUACACAGUGGAGAAGAGGGGGUUGUGCCAUUCCUUCACCAGGAGGAUAGGGAUGAGGGCCAGGUUUCUAUGGUUUAUACUUCUUCUUUAGCUUACGAGAGUGCUGGGGCUGAUGGGGAAAUCUAGGAAUUGCCAUUCCCCAAGCUCAGUCGGACCAUCGAACCAGGCGGGUGCUUAAAUACGGAUUCUCCGGAGGUUGGAGAACUCAAGGAGGUUCUACUAGAGAGCGUCCGGAUAAGAGUCGCCGACAUCCCCGAACCCCCGGGUCCCGGAAGAAAGGUUCGACUGGCAAUACUUUUCUCCGGGGGUCUCGACUGCUCAGUGAUAGCCCGGCUCGUGCACGAAUGCCUGCCACUAGAUGAGGCCGUCGAUCUCUUAAACGUGGCAUUCGAGAACAAACGCUUCGUCGAAGCCCGAAACAAAGCGAACGAAGCCAGCAAAUAUAAACGCCAGACCCAGCCCCCAGGAGCGGCAGCUGCGGCGGAAGAGCCUCCACGGGAAGGCGCAAUGGAUCCGUACUCCAUCUGCCCCGACCGAAUAACCGGCCUAGCCACCUACGCCGAGCUACAGAAGAUCUGCCCCGGCCGUCUCUGGAACUUUAUACAGAUCAACGUCCCCUACCCGGAACUUCUCUCCCACCGCCAAUCCGUAAUAAACCUGAUUCACCCGCACAACACUGAAAUGGACCUCUCAAUCGGGGUAGCCUUCUACUUCGCCUCCCGAGGCACAGGCUACCACUUCCCAGGCGGCCAGCCCUACUGUUCCUCAGCACGCGUCCUCCUCUCCGGCCUUGGCGCCGAUGAGCUCCUGGGUGGGUACGCCCGUCAUGCCACCGCCUUCCGCUUCCGCUCUUUCAUGGGCCUACUAGAGGAACUCCAGAUUGACGUCAAAAGGCUUGGGAAGCGCAACCUGGGCCGUGAUGACCGCGUGCUGGCGCACUGGGGGCGCGAAGCACGGUAUCCGUUCCUGGACGAGGACGUGGUAGCAUGGUGCCUUGGCACUAGGGUCAUCGGGAAGUGCGGGGGCGGUGAAGAGGAGGUUGUGGAGGGGAAAAGGGUGCUUAGGCUGUUGGCGAGGAUACUGGGGAUGCAGGAGGUGGCGGGGGAGAAGAAGAGGGCUGUGCAGUUUGGGAGUAGGAGUGCUAGGAUGGAGGCGGGGGAGAAGGGAAGGGUUAAGGGGACGGCGGUGAUUAGUUAG